AUGAUGAUGCCGAGUAGAGGACUGGCGGGCGCUGUCCGUCAAGGCGCCCGUCUCAAUCGCAGAUUUAUGUCAAGUCCGGCAAGACCAUUGUCUGCACUCAACUCGCGCUCAACAGGCCGCAUCUUCCAAGGAUCUGUCAUCUCGCUCGCCGCACAUGCCCGUCUUGCCUCGACAUCAGCACCCGCUGCUACCCCUGCCGUCUCGCCCGCCACGACGGCUACUCCUCCUCCUCCUCUUCCUACCUCUGCUACCGACGCACUCGCAACCGACAGCAACCCUUUCGACAUCAGCGGUGCCACGGACUUUACAAACAUCCCCGAACAACUCGGCUUCCUGAAAGAGAUGGGUCUUGACUACGGAUGGGGUCCCACAUCGGUCAUCGAAUGGUCUCUCGAACACGUCCACGUCUUGUCUGGCAUGCCCUGGUGGGGUUCCAUUGCCGCAACUGCUCUGCUGUACCGUCUGGCCUUGGUGCCCAUGUUCAUGAAGGCGAGCGAGAACGGUGCCAAGAUGCGCGCAAUGCAGCCCAUCACAAAGCCCAUGAACGACAAGAUGAUGGACGCCAUGAGAAACGGCGACAGAGUUACUGCCAUGCAAUUGCGCCAGGAGCUCAUGCGGAUCAACAAGGCCUCGGGUGUCAGCACUUUCGGUGCGCUUGUCCCUAGUGUUGUCCAGGGUGUCUUUGGUUUCUGUGCUUUCCGUCUGCUGCGUGCCAUGGCCAACCUCCCCGUGCCUGGUCUCGAGACUGGUGGUUUCCUCUGGGUCACCGAUCUCACUCAAACAGACCCCUACUUCCUUCUUCCUGUCAUCAUGGGCGGUACUCUUCACAUGGUCCUGCGCAUGGGCGGCGAGACCGGUGCUCCCAUGUCUGAAGGCAUGAAGCCUUUCUUGCUCUACGUUUUCCCCGGUAUUGUCUUCAUCACCACUGCCUGGCUCCCCGCUGCUCUCAACGUCUGGCUCUGUACCACCGGUCUCAUGGGUGUCGCUCAGGUCCACCUCUUCAAGCGCCCUGAGCUACGUCGCUUCUUCGGCCUGACCCCCAUGGUCGACCCUGCACAAGCACAGCGCGAUGCCGUUGCCGCUGGUCUCGUCAAGGAAGAAACAAAGACAAUCGACGUCAAGGCAAAAUCAUACCCCACCGUCCAAAGACCUGUCUACCAAGCACCCAACGUAAAGUUUUCCGCCAACUCUUCAUCUCCCAAGCAAAACGCCUCCUCAGCAUCAGCCGCUACCGCCAUGCAAGCCCCCCAAAGCCCCUUCGAUAGCGUCAAGGGCAAGAGCUUCGGCGUCUUCAACAAACUUGGCGAGCAAUGGGAGACCACAAAGAAGAGCUUGAACGACGCUGCCAUCAGAAUGAGGGGAGCCGCCAACAAGCCCCAGAGCAAGACUCGCUCCGCUGAAUUCAUGAAGGCAGCAGAAGAAUACGAGCGCAAGUGGCAAAAGUUCAACAAGAAGUCAGAAUAA